GGGCUUCUGCAGACACACCUGGUUCCCGGGAUUUACAAGGUCGCCGGAAUCACAGCCGACACUCACACUGAUACUCGGGAUUCCUGGAGGAAGAGGUUGUUGAAUGGAAAGACGUGUUCAUGGCGAUAUGGCUGACCAGAACAUGCCUGUGGGUCAGGGGGUCCAAAUCAGAUUCAUCGAUGACUUAAAGGAAAAGCACAAGCCGCGGAGAGGAAAGUCAAAGCAAGAGUCCUACGGGGUGGCCAUCCGCGUCCAGGGAAUCGAUGGGCAACCUUUCGUGGUGCUGAACAGCGGAGACAAAGCAAAGUCUUCCUAUGGCGUGCAGAUCAAAACGGACACCGGCUACGGAAACACGUCGCCAAACCCGCCGCCCGACUACCAGGGAAUCGCCUCGAGGGCCAGUCACACGGUCCGGUCCAACACCACAGACUUGGACCUGCCUGAAAACCCUUACGAGAUGAAGGGCUACAGACCCUCCGGAUCGCACUACAGCAGCACUUCCGACGAAGAGCAGAGCUCCAAGCCUCGCAGUAAGCCACGGGCCUUGCUGCCUCCGCGAAAGGAGGAGCUUAGGAGAUCCCAGUCACAUAACUCCUUGGUGGACCCCGAAUUAGAAGAUUCUUACGGCUAUGAUGGACACUACAGCGAGCGGUCCUCCACCCUCGACACCACAUACUCUUCCAGCAGUCGCAGCAGUUUGAAGAAGCUCGAUAAUGGCGAUAACUCCUCUAGAGGUGGCUUCAAACCAGCGACAAGCCAACAACCUACCUCCUUUUCCAGAAGAUCUUCUCAUCAGAGGAAGGAAGGGCCUUCGCCCUCUUCCCCGAAGCUGCCAAGCGAGGACAUUGACACCAAACCCCUCUCCUCCGUCGAUUCGCUCAUCAACAAGUUUGACACCAAGGGCCAGAUGCGGGGGAGGACGGCCCGGCGUAGCCAAGCUCUGAAAGAAGACCGGAAACGGUCGCAGAGCCUGGACGGGCGGAACUCUCACCUAGACGCCGCCGAUUCCCGGGAGGUCCAGACCAUGGAGAGGAACGUCCAGCUGGAGAGCCGGCCAUUCAACAGGCAGACGCUGGAGAGAGAGGAUGUCAACAGGAGCCGUAUGACCAAAGAGUGGCUGGAGCAAGCCGCUGCCGCUGAGGAACCGGUGACCCAGAGGCAGCAGAGGACGGUCCAGGCUGAACUGCAGCAGCUGAAGAGCACCCCGGACCUCUUGAAGGACCAGCAAAAAGAUGCCAGUGACCCCACCCGGGAAAUGAUCUACAACAUCCUGCGGGAUGGGUCUAAUGACAGCGAGGCCAUGCUGAGGAAGAAGACCGGCCUUCUCGUGGAGAAAUUACAGACCUUGCGGGCUUCCCCUGGAGACGAUACCAGGACUUUGGUCAACCAGAAGAAGGAACUAGAGAGGAAAGUUUCCCAGCUCCAACAACAGCUGGAAGAGGAGAUAAAGCAAAGAAUGAGGCAGGAGGUCUCGCGGGAUCGUCCCACAGCCUCCAUGCAGAGGCUGGAAAUCCAACUGGAGGAGAGCACGGAGGAAAGUAAAAGGCUGAAGGAGCUGCUGGAGAAGAAGAAGGCCGAGCUGAGCUCUAUGAACCAGGAGUUGAUAGAAGUUCGAAUGAGCAAAGAACAGGUGGAAACCAAAAUGAGGUCCCUGGAGGGGAAGCUGCAGGACGCCAAGGAAGAGGUGAACAAGCAGCGGAUGCAGGGGGUAUCGGCAGACAAGAACGCCUUACUGAAGGAGCUGGAAGAGGCGCAAGAAGAACUGGAUGAUGUUCUGCAGAUCCGCUACAAGCAGGAUGAGCUGCUGAGACAGAAGGAUCGCGAACUGACCGCCCUGAAGGGGGCUCUGAAAGACGAGGUGGCCAAUCACGACAAGGAAUUAGACCAAAUACGUCAGCAGCACCAGAAGGACUUGCAGCAAAUGAGGAAAAACAUGGACAACGUGUCCCAGGAUCAGAUCAGCCUGGAGUCCGAGCGUCAGAAGAUCAAUCAGGUGGUGAGGAACCUACAGCGGGAGUUAGAGGAGAGCAGUGAGGAAAUCACCCAAUGGAAAGAAAUGUUUCAGAAGAACAAGGAGGAACUCCGCAACUCAAAGCAGGAGGUCUUACAGCUCAAGACGGAGAAGGAAGAAUUUGAGGACGAGCUGAGCGAGAUGAAAGAUCGAUUUUCCCUGGUACAGUCUGAGCUGGAACGAACCAAGAAAGGCUCUGUGGAGGCUGGAGAGGUGGAGGCCACCAAGAGGGAGUUGCAGCGCUCCCAGGAUGAGCUGCGCAAGCUGUCCACAGAGAAGCAGAGGGUGGAGGAGACCCUGCACCAGAGGGACAGGGAGCUGUCCGCCCUGAAGGGGGCGCUGAAAGACGAGGUGUCCGGACACGACCGCGACACGGAGAAACUGCGAGAUCAGCACGGCCGCGAGCUGCAGCAGACCAAGAGAGAAUAUGAAGAGAGGCUGAAGGAGCUGCAGCACUUCCAGGAUGAGCUGCGCGAGCUGUCUCAAGAAAAUCAGAGAGUAGAGGAGACUCUGCACCAGCGGGAGAGGGAGCUCUCUGCGCUGAAGGGAGCACUGAAAGACGAGGUGUCCGAACAUGACCGCGAGACAGAAAAAAUACGAGAUCAGUACAGCCGCGAGGUUCAGCAAACCAAGAAAGACAAUGAGGAUCUCCUCAAGGUAAGGAAGAAGCUGGAAGAGGAGAAAGUGGAGUGGGAGCGUGCGCGGCAGAUAAUGGAGAACACGCUGCAGGACGCACGGGAGGAAAACGACGACCUUAGGAGAAAGAUCUUAGGGCUAGAGGCCCAGGUGAAGGAACUGAAUACAUACUGUGAUGACCUGCAGAGGGCUGAGGGCCGUCUUAAGGAGAAAAUGACCAGAUUGGAGACAGAGAAGAAGAGGAUGGAGGAUUCUCUGGGACAGGCCACAGACCAGGAACAGGAAUUUGCCUUGACGAGACGGGAGAUGGAGAACCGUCUGGACGACGCCCAGAGGAGUCUGAAACGGCUGACUUUGGAGUACGACGAGCUACAAGAGUGCUACCAGGAGGAGAUGAGGCAGAAGGAUCUGCUAAAGAAGACCAAGAAUGAACUGGAGGACCAGAAGAGGCUGCUGGACAAAUCCAUGGAUAAGCUGACCCGAGAGCUGGACAGCAUGACGGGCGAGUCCCGGGACUCCCUGCAGAUGCUGCAGACUCAGCUGGAGGAAUACAAAGAGAAAUCGCGCAAGGAGAUCGGCGAGUCUCAGAGAGAGGCCAAAGAGAGAGCGGCCGAGGCAGAGAGAAUGCAGCUCAGUGUCAGCCGGCUGCAGGAAGAGGUGCAGCGGCUGAAGCAAGCUCUGCAGGACAGUCAAGCCGAGAAGGAGAAUGCGGUGCUGGACAAGGAGCUGGUCAGCCAGCGUCUGCAGAACCUGGAGCAGGACCUGGAUACCAAGAGGCGCUCUCAGGAUGACCGUUCCCGCCAGGUGAAAGUGCUGGAGGAUAAACUAAAACGACUGGAGAUGGAGCUGGACGAAGAGAAGAGUACGGCGGAGCUGAUGACGGACCGGGUUAAUCGCAGCCGAGACCAGAUGGAUCAGCUGAGGGCGGAGCUUAUGCAGGAGCGAACUAGUCGGCAGGACCUGGAGUGUAGCAAGGUGUCCCUGGAAAGGCAGAACAAAGAUUUGAAGAGCCGUCUGGCCAGCAUGGAGGGGCAGACUAAGCCCAGCACCAACGUGUCCCAGCUAGAGGCCAAGUUGCAGGAGGUCCAGGAGAGGCUACAAGCCGAGGAGAGGGAUAAGAGCAACUUACUGUCCUCCAACCGCAAGCUGGAGAGAAAGCUGAAGGAGCUGAACAUCCAACUGGAAGACGAGAGACUCCAAGUCAAUGAUCAGAAGGAUCAGCUUAACCUACGGGUGAAGGCGCUGAAGAGGCAGGUGGAUGAGGCCGAGGAGGAGAUCGAGCGCAUGGAUGGGUUGCGGAAGAAAGCUGUGAGGGAGAUGGAAGAACAACAUGAGAUUAAUGAGCAGCUACAGGCCCGACUUAAAACCGUGGAGAAAGAGGCACGGCGAAAGCCGGUGCGUCACGCUGCCGACGACGACUUGAGCUCCGAUGGUGAAUUUGACCACCCGUACGACCCAAGUUCUAUAACCUCGCUGCUGACGGAGAGCAAUCUGCAGACCAGCUCCUGCUGAGCGACCCGCCACCACCCUAAGGCUUUAUCAUGUGACAUUGACUGUUAUGGGCGCAGCGGGGCCCCGCUUACCGCUAUGCUUCACCUGGACCAUCCCCAACC